AUGUCCAUGAAAGGCAGAGGAUCCAAAUACCAGAAAAGAGUGUCGUUUUCUGAGGAUGAAGAUGACCAGUGCUGGAAAGAGGAGAACGGCGGUGUGGACGCACAUCACCUGAAAUCCGUCAAGACGGUCAGGGAUCCAUCGGGAUAUUACCGGUACAACAUGAAAUCUUCGGAUAGUUUCCCCCAUCGCAGGAUGACCCUACCGCGAGAAAAGGGCCGACGACAGGCGAUUCGCGGACCGGCGUUCAUGUUCAACGCCCGUGGCAGCAGCCUCACGCCGGAGGAAGAGCGCUUUCUGGAAGCGGCGGAGUACGGUAACAUCCCGGUGGUCCGGAAGAUGCUGGAAGAAUCACCCACGCUCAACGUGAACUGUGUCGACUACAUGGGACAGAACGGGCUACAGCUGGCCGUCGGCAACGAACACCUGGAGGUCACCGAGCUGCUCCUGCGGCGAGACAACCUGGCCCGUGUCGGGGAUGCGCUCCUGCUGGCGAUUUCUAAAGGUUACGUGCGUAUCGUGGAGGCCCUGCUGGGACAUCCGUCCUUUGCGGGCGGCGAACGACUCACCCGCAGCCCCUGCGAGCUGCAAGACGAUGACUUCUACUCCUACGACGAGGACGGCACACGGUUCUCGCCCGAUAUCACUCCUAUCAUCCUGGCUGCCCACUGCCAGAAAUACGAGGUCGUGCACAUGCUGCUGAUGAAGGGCGCCAGGAUCGAGCGGCCGCAUGACUACUUCUGCAAAUGCGCCGACUGCACGGAAAAGCAGAGGAAGGACUCGUUCAGUCACUCGCGCUCCAGGAUAAAUGCGUACCGCGGACUGGCCAGUCCGGCGUAUCUCUCUCUGUCCAGCGAAGACCCGGUACUGACUGCGCUGGAACUGAGCAAUGAGCUCACCAAACUCGCCAACAUCGAGAAAGAGUUUAAGAAUGACUACAGGAAGCUGUCUAUGCAGUGUAAAGACUUUGUGGUUGGCGUUUUGGAUCUGUGCAGGGACACGGAGGAGGUGGUGGCCAUCUUGAAUGGAGAUAUAUCUGCUGAACUCGAGGAAGGCCAGCAUCAUCGCUGCCUGCUCAGUCGAGUCAAACUGGCCAUUAAAUACGAGGUUAAGAAGUUUGUGGCUCAUCCGAACUGUCAGCAGCAGUUGCUGACGAUCUGGUAUGAGAAUCUGUCUGGUCUUCGGGAGCAAACCAUUGCAGUGAAGUGUCUGGUGGUUUUGGUGGUGGCGCUGGGACUCCCUCUGCUAGCUGUGGGGUAUUGGUUUGCCCCAUGCAGUAAACUUGGUAAAAUACUACGCAGUCCUUUUAUGAAGUUUGUUGCUCAUGCGGCCUCCUUUAUCAUCUUCCUGUGUCUGCUGGUGUUCAAUGCAUCCGAUCGGUUUGAAGGCAUCACCACCCUUCCCAACGUCACCGUCACUGACCACCCGCUCCAGAUCUUCAGAGUCAAGACCACACAAUUCUCCUGGACAGAAAUACUGAUCAUGGUCUGGGUAGCAGGAAUGAUGUGGUCGGAGUGUAAGGAGCUCUGGACGGAGGGUCCGAGGGAAUAUAUCAUGCAGCUGUGGAAUGUUCUGGAUUUCGGCAUGCUCUCCAUCUUCAUCGCUGCAUUCACCGCCCGCUUUUUCGCCUUCCUACAGGCAAUGAAAGCCCAGGAGUAUGUGGAUGAGAACAUCCACGCUCCAGACCUCUCACUGGUCACGCUGCCGCCGGACAUCAAAUAUUUCACAUACGCGAGAGACAAGUGGCUUCCAUCGGAUCCUCAACUGAUCUCUGAGGGUCUGUACGCCAUCGCUGUGGUCCUGAGCUUCUCUCGUAUCGCCUACAUCCUCCCGGCCAAUGAGAGCUUCGGGCCGCUGCAGAUCUCUCUGGGACGAACCGUGAAGGACAUCUUCAAGUUCAUGGUCCUCUUCAUCAUGGUCUUCCUCGCAUUCAUGAUUGGCAUGUUCAUCCUUUACUCUUACUACCUGGGGGCAAAGCUGAACCUCUUCACCCAGUCUAGCAUGAGGAUGCCGAACUCUCACAGCUUCAACAGCAUCCUAAAUCAACCCACACGCUAUCAGCAAAUUAUGAAGCGUCUCAUCAAACGCUAUGUACUGAAAGCACAAGUGGACAAAGAAAAUGAUGAAGUGAACGAAGGCGAGCUGAAGGAGAUCAAGCAGGAUAUUUCCAGUCUGCGAUAUGAGCUGCUGGAGGAGAAAUCUCAGGCCACAGAAGAACUCUCACUCCUCAUACAGAAACUCAGUGACAAACUCAACCCGCGACCUGUCCAUCUACACUGACACAAAUCAACGGUGAAGUCAUUCUUUAUGUGAAAUACUUUAUUCUAUUCCUCUUUAAUAUGCAGAGAUCCCGAGCUUUGU